AAUAAACGUUCGCCUUUCAUUGCGUCUCUCGUUUGCCGAGCUGCGUAGUGAGGAAGAGGUUGAGACGUCGCCAUUUUGUGCUAGAACAGCAGAGCUUCGCCUUCCUAUCGCUUUCAACUCGGGUUACUUACCUCUGUCCGUAGAUUUUCCGAGAUUUUCCGCAAUUAUCCUCGACCCGUAGAGCCCACAGCUCGCCGCAGCUCAAUCGCUCGAAGAAAAGAGCGAAGAAUUUUUUUUGAAACGCCAACUACAGCCCUUUUCCUGCCCCUCCCCAUUCCACCUCCCAUACCUUUGCCCCAUCGUUGGCAAUACGCAGCAAAGAAUGGAGCAAGACCUCGGGCAAUCUAUUCUUCAGACACCUGGCUUCAAAAUUGCUUCCUUAGGGCGUAGCGCGAUGGCGAGCAACGUCACUAAUAAAACAGACCCCCGCUCUAUGAACUCCCGAGUAUUCAUUGGGAACCUAAACACUUUAGUGGUGAAGAAAACAGAUGUAGAAGCAAUCUUUUCUAAAUAUGGCAAGAUUGUGGGCUGUUCCGUACACAAGGGCUUUGCUUUUGUGCAAUACAACAAUGAACGCACCGCCCGUACUGCUGUAGCAGGGGAAGAUGGACGCAUGAUAGCUGGGCAGGUCCUGGACAUCAACUUGGCUGCUGAACCCAAAGCAAACAGAGGAAAAGGAGGGGUCAAACGCUCAGCAGCUGACAUGUAUGGGUCUUCCUUUGAUCUGGAUUAUGAUUUUCAGCGAGACUACUAUGAUAGCUAUUCUGCAGCCCGUGUUCCUCCCCCACCACCAAUUGCUAGAGCUGUAGUACCAUCAAAACGCCAGAGAGUUUCUGGUAACACAUCACGCCGUGGAAAGAGUGGCUUCAACUCAAAGAGUGGUCAGCGGGGUGGAUCUUCAAAGUCCAGCAGAUUGAAGGGAGAUGAUCUCCAGACCAUUAAAAAAGAACUCAGCCAGAUAAAACAGAGAGUGGAUUCUCUUCUGGAAAGCUUAGAAAGAAUUGAACGUGAACAGUCCAAACAAGAUACCAAGCUGGAUGAUGAGCAGAGUAGCAGCUCUUUAAAGAAAGAAGACAUAAGUGUGAAAUUGGUGCCAGAGGAAGCAGGAGAUUCAGCAGAGGAGGGAGACCUGCUUGAUGAUGAUGAUCAGGGAGAGGACACGCUGGAAGAAAUUAAAGAUGGUGACAAAGAAACAGAGGAGGGAGAAGAUGAAGGAGACAGCGCCAAUGAGGAAGACUCUUAAACAUACUUUCCCCACAAAACCCUCCCUGCCUAUUGUGUAUAGUCAGUUCAUAGCUCUGCCCCUUGUACCAUCAGUCGCAUCCCUCAGUUCUUCAAGCCUGUUUAUUAUGCACCCUGCAUUUCCUCUUCCUCUUCAUUUUGAUACCUAUUUGCGACUUCUAAAAUAAAAGUGUAUUGUUUUUAA